AUGUUCAAACAAGAAGAUAACCAAAUGCGCGAUAAUCUACAACAGCAGGCAGGAAUGCAGGAGGACAGAUAUAACCAAACACGCAAUAAUCUACAACAGCAAGCAGAAAUGCAGAGAUUCGCAAAAAAAUCUUAUGAGUGCACUUCCAGUGUUGUUAAUACUAUUAAAUUUAUUGUAGCCCUUAUUAGCGCUAUAGUUACGAUAAAUUACCUUAUCCAGAUAAGAAAC